GCUUCCCCUUCCCCCCCCCCCCCCCCCCUCUUUCUCUCUCUCUACUCUCUCUCAGUUUUGCACAGUACAACCAACAGUUAAUAUUCAAUUUCGUUCCAAAUGUCGGGCAGAAAGGCGCCGAGACAACAACCGGCUUUGUUUUCUUGAGCAAUUCUAAAGUUCACCGCAAGAUUCUCCGUGAGAUUCCCACCACCCUUCGGUAUCCCAACACAAUCCAUGUCUUCGAGCUUCAGUCCCUCGCGGAGCCCCGGGAGCUCGCGGCUACAGCUGGGCGGUGUUGGCGGGGUCUCACGCCUUAGAUCCUCUUCGCUCAAGAAGCCGCCGGAGCCGCUACGACGAGCCGUAUCCGAUUGCCUGUCGUCGUCUUCUUCGUUUUCAUCUUCUGCCUCAUCGGCUUCUACCCCGCACCAUGGGGGUACCUCGGCUGUGCUUGUCUCCGAAGCUUCGAGAAAUCUCCGGGACUAUCUGGCUGCUCCUGCAACAACUGACCUGGCUUAUAAUGUAAUUUUAGAACAUACAAUUGCAGAGAGGGAGCGCAGUCCCGCUGUAGUCGCAAGGUGUGUAGCACUUUUAAAACGCCAUCUUCUACGAUACAAACCAAGUGAGGAGACACUACUGCAGAUAGAUCGGUUUUGUGUGAGCACAAUUGCUGAAUGUGAUACUUCUCCAAACCAAAGAUUGUUACCACGUUCACGAUCUUUAGACCAACAAGCAGGGGCAUCAGUAGCACCUUCAAAUACAUCUCCUUUGCCUGUAUCUAGUUUUGCUUCUGAAGCACUUGUGAAAUCAUUGAAUUAUGUGCGCUCCCUAGUGGCUAAACAUAUUCCAAAACGGUCUUUCCAACCAGCUGCUUUUGCUGGAGCGCCUUCUACAUCAAGACAACCGCUUCCAACAUUGUCAUCUCUGUUGAGUAAAUCCUUCAAUUCGCAAUUAAGCCCCGCCGCUGGUGGAGAAUAUUUAGAGAAGAAAGAUGCUACAGAUGUAUCUAUUGCAAACUUACCAAUCAUUGAAAACGUUGAUGAAUUGGUGGAUGAUGUAUACAUUGCACAUGACGUUUUGAAAUGGCGUUGGCUUGGGGAUCAUCAUUCAUCAUCUUUUCUAGCUGAAAGUGAUCGUGCUGUAAAUCCCCAAGGCAUGAGAAAAUGUAAUUUCCUAGAAGUUGGUGCGGCAUCAUUGCUUGUAGGAGAUAUGGAAGCUAAAAUAAAGGGCCAACCUUGGAAAUUUUUAGGAACUGCUGAUAUGCCUUAUCUUGAUCAACUAUUGCAGCUUUCGCCGGUAACAACAGUCACCAAUUCUGUUUAUGCACGGCCCCACUUGAGAGCAAUAACAGCAUCUAAACGCACUAAACCAGGCCCUCGACAAAUUUGGGAGGAAUCUCCUGUGAGUACAUUUCGUCCGAAGGCUCGCACACUCUUCCAGUAUCGUCAUUACAGUGAACAACAACCUUUGCGAUUGAAUCCUUCUGAGGUAUGCGAUGUGAUGGCUGCAGUUUGCUCAGAGACAUCAUUAAGAAAUGCUAAUCUCAUGACAGUAUCAUCUAGAUUAAGUAAUCCCGGUGGAAAGCCGUCCAUGGACGUGGCUGUGAGCGUCCUUGUCAAACUGGUUAUUGACAUGUAUGUUUUUGACUCUGGCACCGCUGGUCCUCUAACUCUGUCAAUGCUUGAGGAAAUGCUUAGUUCUCCAAAAGCAGCUUGCAGGGCUCGUGCUUUUGAUUUAAUCCUGAACCUUGGUGUUCAUGGUCAUUUAUUAGAGCCAAUUAUAACUGACACUGCUGCAACGAUAGUAGAAGAAUAUUCUCAAGAAUCUUAUUUUGACAAUGAAGGUCCACUUACAAUCCAUGGAAAGGGAGAAGAAGACUCUAUUAAGAAAAUGGACGCUUUCUCAGCUAUUGAUAAUUUUGAGUCUUGGAUUUUAAACAUUUUAUAUGAGAUUCUACUUCUUCUUGUUCAGAGAGAAGAGAAUGAAGAAUCUGUCUGGGCAUCUGCUCUAAGCUGUUUACUUUAUUUCGUCUGUGAUAGAGGGAAGAUCUUGAAAAACCGCCUAAAUGGUCUUGAUAUAAGGGUUGUUAAAGCACUUCUAGAAACUAGCAGGAAGAAUUCAUGGGCAGAAGUAGUUCAUUGCAAACUUAUUUGCAUGUUAACAAACAUGUUUUAUGAUGUUUCUGAUGAACCUUCUGAGGUCAAUCCAAGUACUCCAACUUUUCUCAUAGGCCAGGUUGAUCUGAUUGGAGGAAUUGAGUUCGUUUUUCUUGAGUAUUCCCUCGCAAACUCAAGGGAAGAAAGGCGAAAUCUGUAUUUGGUCCUUUUUGACUAUGUUUUGCAUCAAACAAAUGAAACAUGCAUAGCUGCAGGAGACAAUGAAUAUACCCACGAUGAGAUUCAACCUCUUGCUGUCCUGCUCAUUCUUGCAGAUGCACCUGAAGCAUUCUAUAUAUCUGUUACACUUGGGGUGGAAGGCAUUGGGGAGAUUUUGAGAAGAUCAAUUUCUUCUAUGCUGUCCAAAUAUCCCAACAGUGAACGACUACAUAUGCUCUUGGAGGUUGUUGCAGAUAAACUUGAUACAAUAGUAAGUUCAUUCACUCACGUAGACAAAGAAUUCUCCCAUAAGAUACAAAUAACCAAAUCAUACAAGUUUUUGGGAAGCAUUGAAGAUAUAGUUCCCAGAAAUGGUGUUGGCAUGGGAGCAAAGCUCUCAUGGACCAAUUUACAUUCCCUUCUCCAUUCAGAAAGAAUUGCAUACCGCCGGAAUGGUUACAUAUGGUUAGGUGAUCUGCUUAUUGAAGAAAUAAGUGAAAAAAGGGAUGAUGGUGUCUGGUCUAAUAUUAAAAACUUGCAUCAGAAAAUUGCCCUUGCUGGUCUGCAUGAUUCUUCAACUGCUUCAGAUGUUCCUUUGGCCAUUUGGCUUUUGUGUGGGCUUUUGAAGUCAAAGCACAACUUCAUAAGAUGGGGCUUCCUAUUUGUCCUUGAGAGGCUUCUCAUGCGAUGCAAAUUUUUGUUAGAUGAGAACGAAAUACAAUACCCAAGCAGCACUGAGCAAGGCAAUGUAGGCAAAGAUUGUCGUCUUGAGAAUGCUAAUGCAGUGAUCGACAUAAUGAGCAGUGCUUUGUCCUUGGUGUUUCAGAUAAAUGAAACAGACCGAAUCAAUAUUUUGAAGAUGUGUGAUAUACUAUUCUCUCAGUUGUGCUUGAGAGUUCCUCCUGCAACUGCAAUGCCAUAUGGAGAUGAUGUGCACCAAGACAAUUUAAUGAAAGAGGCUGAUGUCAGAUCCAACAAUCCGCUAGACAAUGAGACAGCCUCAAUGGCAGCACUACUUCUUCGAGGACAUGCCAUUGUUCCUAUGCAGUUAGUGGCACGCGUUCCUGCUGCCUUAUUCUAUUGGCCACUGAUUCAGCUUGCUGGUGCAGCAACAGACAACAUCGCAUUAGGCAUUGCUGUAGGAAGCAAAGGAAGAGGAAAUCUCCCUGGUGCCACAUCAGAUAUUCGGGCUACCCUUCUGUUACUUCUAAUUGGUAAAUGCACUGCAGAUCCUGCUGCAUUCCAAGAAGUUGGUGGAGAAGAAUUUUUCAGGGAACUUUUAGAUGAUACAGAUUCAAGGGUGGCAUAUUACUCCUCAGCAUUUCUUUUAAAGCAAAUGAUGACAGAAAAACCUGAAGAGUACCAGCACAUGCUUCAGAAUCUUGUUGUUAGAGCUCAGCAGAGCAACAAUGAAAAGCUGUUGGAGAAUCCAUAUCUUCAGAUGCGUGGCAUACUUCAGCUAGCAAAUGAUUUUGGAUCUGGGUUGUAAUCUGAUGUGGUGGUUUUGUGGAACUUCAUAUUUCUUGGCGUGGAGACACUGCUGUUGAUGUCACCAUUACUAAUUCUCAUGCUCUUUCAGCGCCUUCCAUUAUUUCUGUAACUGGGAUAUGCUUGAUUUCAUAAGUGUGCAAAAGUAAUUUGGAACCUGAUCCUAGAGAAUUCUUUCUGGAGUCUAUUUAAUGCUUUGAGAAUCAGGCGUUAAUGUCCACAGAUUUUUAUGCAGAGAUUACUGCAAAAUGAUAUUAAGUUUGAUAUUCAGAUGUUGUUUGGGAAUGGAGGCACGGCAUUAAACAUUACAGCAGUUGUCCUGGAAAUGUUUUUGAGCAAUUGGUUCAUUGACAUAUCUACCUAUCAAUCUUCCAAUAUAUGUUACAUCAAGAGCUUGAUGCUUGAUGUAUCUUCAGUUGAUGUACAACGCAAUCACUGGAGACUUUCUGGAAAUUUGUGGAAGAGUACUUGUACAGAAUCAGAUUUCCUCCGAGCCUUAUUAUUUUUGUCAAUGUUGAAGGCGACCUUUAUUUUUUAUUUUUAUUUAAUUGCGCAUCCUGAGGUAAUGUCUCAAGUGUGCUAUAUCUUGGAGGUUGAUCACCUUUCUCCAGAUCCUGUAUUUUCUAGUGGAUAGGACAAUGAUGCAUGAAGGUAGAUUGGCUGACUCACACGAGACUAUCGGGUCCACCGUCGGCAUCACGGAGUGUCUGUUUUUCAGGGGCAUCUCCUAAGCCUGCCUAAUAUAUUCUUUUGAUCUUUUUUUUUUUUUUUUUUAUUCGACUUUGUACAUGUGUUCUGUACUCUUAUUUCUUUUUUAUUUUUUCCUCCUAAUCCCUGGCGAUUGUUGUAAAGUAGCUGCUGAGAAAUUUGCUUCAUGUAUGAUUUUGAAGGUUCAUUGGCUGUAGAAAAAUUUUGAUCCGAUGUAUAUCAGUGUUUGAUUUUUCAUAUAAA